AUGGAAGUAUUGGUACUCGGACUCUGUCGGACUGGAACCACUUCUAUGACGAUAGCACUACGAGAAUUGGGAUACGGAGAGGUGUACCACAUGAGAUCCGCUUAUGCCAGCGAAAGGGAUGUUGAGCUAUGGAUACAAGCCUUGGAAGCGAAGUACGAAGGCAAAGGGUCCCCUUUCGGCAGGGAGCAAUGGGACUCAAUCCUCGGUCAUUGCAAGGCUAUCACCGACAUCCCUGGUGCGUUCUUUGCCACAGAGCUGGUGGAGGCGUAUCCCGAGGCCAAAGUCAUCCUGACUACACGAACGCCGGAAAGCUGGCACGCGUCGAUGAUGCAGAUUACCUGGGCAGUCUAA